AUGCAUCCUCUUUUUCAGGAUAACUUAAACGAUAAUCCCAAAAAGAAUAAAAUUGUUCCCUUAUUUUCCGCAUGUAAUUGUAAAAUAAGGAAAAUAUGCAGCAUGCAAAAAAAAAAUAUGAAUCAUUUUAAUGAAAAAGCUUAUAAAAUAAAUGCAUUAAAACAAAAUCCUGGUAUUAAUAAUAAGAAGAAGAUAAUAAAGAAUUGUAAUGUACAGAGUUUGAGCAAAAACAAUACUGAACAUUUUAGUUUUGUUAAGAGAGAAAAGGACGAAAUUAAUUUGAAAAAAAAAGAGGAAAAAGGGGUCAAUAAAAUGAAUGUAGGAAAAAAGAGGGAAAACGAAGGUAUAAAAGUUCCUAUUGUUAAAGAAGAAUAUUCAGAAUGUUAUGAUUUUAGGUGCAAACGGAACAUAAGUAACGACAAAAAUAAUUCUUAUAAUCGUAGUGACACUUAUAAGAAUAAGUGCAAAAAUGAAUAUAGUGUUUAUUGCAUAAAUUCAAAAAGUACCGACACUAAUACAGGAAAGGGAAUAAGAUCAAGGAGAAGUGUUGAAACAGGAAAAAAGGCAAAUAGUGCCAAAAAUGGAAGUAUUAUAAUUUUUAGUAGCAACAGUAAAGGCGAUAAUGACUCUAACAAUGGUAGUGAAAAUGGAUAUUCUAUUUACAAUAAUGACAACAGGAGUAGCGGUUCCACUGUUAGCACUAGGAACAAUGAUGAUCAUAGUGUAAAUGAUAGUGUAAAUGAUAGUGUAAAUGAUAGUGUAAAUGAUAGUGAAAAUGAUAGUGAAAAUGAUAGUGAAAAUGGAAAUAGCAAUAGCAGUGAUGAUGAUGAUCAUUAUCAUUAUCAUCAUCAUGGUAAUGAAAAAGAAGAUGAUGAUGAAGAGGAGGAUAAAGAGGAGGAUAAAAGGGGGGAUAAAAGGGGGGAUAAAAGGGGGGAUAAAAGAGGGGAUAAAAGAGGGGAUAAAAAGGAAGGUAUAAAGGAAGACAAAAUGGGGAAUAAAAAGGGGAGCGAUCAUAAUUCCGUAAAAGAAAGUAGAGAAGAGUAUAAAAAUACAUAUAAUUCAUAUGAAAAAGAUGAUCAAAAUGGAAAACAAAAUAAUGCUAAUAAAAACAAAGUAAAGAAUGAACAUGAUAAUGACAGCAGUUACUCGAGCGAAAAAGAUAAUAAAAAUAACGAUGAAUUCAAAAAUAGAAACGAAGAAACACAAAUUAAUGAUAUUAAUGGAAAUGUAAAUUAUGUGGAAAAUAAUGAAACAAGUGGAAAUGAAGUGGAAAUAUUAUGCAAAAGUAUUUGUAACAUAAAGAGUGAUGAAAACGUUGACAAUAUAAACUGUGUUAAGAGGAAGGAGACAUCAGGAGAAAUAUAUGUAAAGAACAAUUUGAAGCAUAAAAAAAAUUUGGAAAUAAUGUAUUCGAGUAUUGGUAAUAUUGAAAAAGACUGUUUUAAUGAAUGUUACAUUAAGAAAAAAUUAGGAGUUGAAAAUAUAUAUAAAAGUGUGGUGCACUGUGAAAAAGAGGGAAAAAAUACUAAUUACAUGACUAAUAAUAUAACGAGUAAUACGGUGAAUGAUUCAGUAAAUAAUGGGGUAAAUGAUGCAUCGAAUAAUGCACCAUAUAAUGAGGAUAAAAACGAAAACUUGAAUAGCGCUGAAAAGAAUAGGGACAAAAUAAACGAAAUGAAAAGUAUGAACAACAAAAAUGUAACGUGCACAAAUUUGCAUAACGUUUUAGAGGCAAAUACUGGUUGUGUAUUGAUAAGAAAAAAGUCAGAACAAAGCACAAAAAAAGAAGAAUAUGAAAAAUUACUUUUAUUAAAAAGCGCAGAGAACAGAAUAAAAGGGGAGGGCACUUUGAACAGAAACAUUUCAGGGGAAAAAAUUUUGAAUGAGGAGAUUAAUGAAUCUUGUGCUGACGAAAGAACAAAAGGACUUAUAUCUCAUAAUAAAGAUAAAAAGAGAAAUACACUCCAUGUAAAAAGAAAAUUUAUAAUUAAAGAAGAAAAAAUUAACGAAACGGAUAUUAGCAAUAUCAAGAAAGUAUGCUUUUCGACACAUAACAACCAAAUGAAUUUUAAUUUUUCACCGAAGAAUGAAAGUCAUGUUAGAAAAGCAUUCAGCACAAACAAUACAAAGACUGAACGUAACAUGAAUAAUGAUGAUAAGUCGAACUAUCAUGAAAAGGUAAAUCAUGCUGAUAAGACAAACCAUUCUGAUAAGACAAACCAUUCUGAUAAGACAAACCAUUAUGAUAAGACAAACUAUUAUGAUAAGACAAACCAUUCUGAUAAGACAAACCAUUCUGAUAAGACAAACCAUUCUGAUAAGACAAACCAUUAUGAUAAGACAAACUAUUAUGAUAAGACAAACCAUUCUGAUAAGACAAACCAUUCUGAUAAGACAAACCAUUCUGAUAAGACAAACCAUGCUAACAUGACAAACCAUGUUGAUAAGAAGAACCAUGCUGAUAUGAUAUACAAUACUAAUAAGAGUAAAUAUGACGAUAGUACAAUCAACAGGAUGCAUGCAAAAAAUAAAUUAAAUAUUUAUUCCACUGUUGACGAUAACAAACUGUUAAUAUGCCGAUUAAAAGGAAAUCCCCAAAAUCUAGAGCGUCACUUUUCAAACGUUUAUAAUGGUACACUUAAAAUACAUGUUAAAGAGGAAAAACUAAAAACGAAUGAGGACAACAUUUUUGAAGUUCCCGUAAAUAAUACAAAUAACAAAAUAGUAGAUACAAAGAAUAACAAAAUUGACUUAAAAAAGAGUAUUAUAAGAGAUGAUGAAAAAAUUGUUGAUUCGUGUAAAAAUGAAAGUUUAGCUGAUGCUAAUACACAUAUGAUAUAUACUUAUGCCCAACCGACAGAUGCUAAUGAACACAAGCAAGGUAGUAAAACAAACCAGGGUGCUACUAACGUGGGUGUUAUUAACGGGGGUGUUGCUAAUGAGGGUGCUACUAAUACGCAUACUCCAAGUUAUAACAAAAACAUGUCUGCUCCAACAAGCAAUGAAAUAAUUCCAGACAAAAAUAAAAUGAGCGCAGGAGAAAAUGCGAACAAAAAUAAUAUUUACAAGAAUAAUAUUGGCAAUACUAAUAUUUACAAGAAUAAUAUUGGCAAUGCUAAUAUUUACAAGAAUAAUAUUGGCAAUACUAAUAUUUACAAGAAUAAUAUUGGCAAUACUAAUAUUUACAAGAAUAAUAUUGGCAAUACUAAUAUUUACAAGAAUAAUAUUGGCAAUAAUAAUAUUAACAAGAAUAAUAUUGAUAAUAGUAAUAUUUAUAACAAUCAUAUUGAUUCUAGUAAUAUAGAAAAGAGUAAUACUGAUAAUUGCAACAUGGAAAAAGGAAAAAUGAAUAAUUGCAAUAUGGAUAAAUGUUAUACGGAUAAUUACAAUAUUGAUAAUUAUAUUAACUACCAGUCCUAUAUAAAUAACAACGCGGGCAAUAAUUCAUCAUUUUUCUGUAAGCAUAAUGAUUACGAUAAAAAUUUCCCCUUCUUGAAAAGUGAAUAUCAUAAUGUGUUAUUAAAUAAUCAAGUGAAAAAUUAUUUAGUAUAUCCACAUAACCAAAUAAUAGAAUACAACCCUGUGUCGUUUGAAGAAAAGUACUUUAACAAUUAUAAUGAUGAAAAUAUAAAUAAAUAUUUUACUCUAUGUAAUAAUAAUAGUUUUAAUGAAUAUAAACCUAACUGGCAACAAAAUUUCUAUAGCUUUCUACCGUUUAUUGUAAAAAAUAAUGCUCAUGGUGUUAAUGAUGUACACGUGACAAUGAAACCGAUAUGUAACUUCAAUUCCGAAUAUAUAUAUGAUAAUUGUAAAAAUAGUUUUUAUAUUAACAAUUAUAAGAUUAGUGAGUAUGAUUCCAAAUAUGGCAUAAACUAUGUGAAGGAUGUUAACUACGUGAGCGGUGUUAACCUUAUAGACGAUAUGAAAAAUAGUAAAGAAAAUUGUUCUCAUUUCAUCAGUGGUAGUAAUAACAUGACUAAAAGGAUGAAUAAUGGAACUAUUGUUAAAUCUGUUAACAGAAAAAUCUUAAGCAUUUCAAAUGACUCAUCUUUUAAACAGUAUAAUCAAGGAUCAACUUAUAAGGAUUUUUUAAAUAAAAACAAUAAUAACAUUAACCUUCAUAAUAAUAAUAACAUUAAUAACUAUAAUAAUUGCUUUAAUAAUAAUAUUAGCAACAUUAAUAAUAAUAAUAAAUUAUCCCAUAAUGAAAUAUAUACCCUAAGCAAUCUAGAAGAACAUAAAAUAACAACCUCGAGUAGUACUACCCACUGGAAAGUUGACAUAAAUAACCAAUGUGCUAAUUGCAAUGGUAAUAAGGAUGAAAUGGUACGAAGGAAAGACGAAAUAAGUGCUAAAGGAAAUAUCGUUAAUAAGAUGGGUGACAAGAUGGGUAACGAGAUGGGUAACGAGAUGGGGGGCAAAAAGGUGAACAUAUAUAAUGGAAGCAAUGAGAAUAAUUUCAAAAAUUCAAAUUAUUAUGCUGCAUGGAAUUCUGGAGAUGGUAUAAAUGGCACUAAUACACAUACAGAAAGGAGAAUAUUUAAAUGGACGAAUAGCUCACAAGGAUAUAUGACAGCUAUAAAUGAAAAAAAAAACAAUGAACAGGACGCAAAUAAUUUUAGUGAUCGCAUUAAUUACUUAAAUAGUGACAUAAUUGGCAACAAAAAUUGCAGCAUAAUUGGAAGCACAAAUGGAAACAUAACUGCAGAUACAAAUGGAAACUUUAUUGAUAACACACUUAGUAACAUAACCAACAACAAGGAUCAGAUUAAUAAUAGCAUGAUUAAUUACACACAUAUAAUGUACAGUAAUAUAAAUAACUCGCAUGCAUGUAGCACAAAUAUUUCCGAAAAUAAGAUUUUUUCGGAGGAAAAAAAUAUGAGGAAGUUUGAAAAUAAUGUGUGUACUUUUCAUUCAAAAAAUGAAGGAGAAUAUAACAUAUAUAACGAGUUGACUAACAUGAGUAUUUCCAGCAGUGUUGGUAAAAAUUUAAAUAAUUUCCCCUUGUUGAAUGACAAUCAUUUUAAUUAUAAUAUUGCCAACAAAACUGAUAUACUGAGUAACAAUUAUAUAAAUUGUUACAACAAUGUAAAUAAUAUUAGUUAUUUAUAUGACAAUUUUAAUUAUUACCCUUUUAAUUUAAAUAAAAUAAAUAAUAUUCAUAACAUAAAUUUUGAUAUUAACAAAAAUCUUUUUAUUAAUAAUACGUAUGAUGAAAAAAUUACCGAUGAAUAUGAUGCAAAUUAUUUGGGAAAUUCUGAAAUUACUCAAGUGAUAACUAAAAUACCAAGUAUUAACAUUUCUGAUAGUAAGGAAAUAAAAAGAAAUUUUGAACAUGUCAAUGAGCAUAUUAACAAAUAUGACUAUGUUAAUCAUUUGAAUAACUAUUUUAACAACAUUAAUAAGAGCUCUCAAACUAUCGACAUUUCCUGCGCACACACAAGUGUUGGUAACAGCAUUUGUAGCUUCUCAAACAGCAGCACUGAAUCUAACGCUUCUAGCAGUAGCACUGAUAACACGAGCUGCAAAAAAAGCAUCAACAGAAGGAACAGAGGAAGCAUCGAAAGAAGCAGUAAAGGAGGCAACACUAGCAAAGUAAAUAAUAAAAAUAUCAACAAAGAAUACACCAACAAAGGAACCAACAGCAGAUGUAACAAAAAGAAAGGCAGAGGGAAUAGCAAAAAGAGAAGCAAAGGGAGUAAAAAAAAGAGAGGCAAAGGGUGUAAAAAAAAGAGAGGCAAAGGGAGUAACAAAAGCAGCAACCAAGAAAGUGACAAAGUAAGUAACAAAGUAAGUAACAAAGUAAGUAACAAAGAAAGUAACAAAGUAAGUAACAAAGUAAGUAACAAAGUAAGUAACAAAGAAAGUAACAAAGUAAGUAAUAAUAACAAAGUAAGUAAUAAAGUAAGUAACAAAGUAAGUAACAAAGUAAGUAAUAAAGUAAGUAAUAAAGUAAGUAAUAAAGUAAGUAAUAAAGUAAAUAAGAAAGAAAGAAAAAAAGGAAUUAAAAAAAGUAGCAACAGUAACAAGGAUGUUAAUAAUGAUAAUGGAGGAAAAGUUAACAAUGAAGGGGAGAAUGGGGAACACAAUAUUGAUGACAUUAGGGGAAACAGGAAUGAUGAAGCUAAUGAUAAUAGUUAUUACAAAAGUAUUAAUAAUACUAAUGGGAAUGAAAUCUUGAAUGGCAUAUUGAAUGGCAUGAACCAAAGGAAUAGAAGCAUUGACCACAUACUCAGCUAUAGCAACACUAUCACUAGCAGCGAUAAAAACAGUAACCAUAGUAACAACAAUAACGACAUUGACAAGAACGACAGUAACAAAUACAACAAUAGUGAUACCAACGGAUAUCUCGAUUUGGAGAGAGGCAUUAAUAAACUCAUUAACAACACAAGGAAUAAUGGCAAAAAUAAGGAAAACGAUGAUUAUAAUACCACUGCAUGUACAAAUGAUGGUAGAACUAUUGUGGAUUACCUAAAUGAAAAUCACAAUGAUUUGAAAAGGACCUAUUACAUGAACGCACCAAUGAAAUACAGCAAUAUUAGUGAAAUAAGUUUUUUAAAUACUAAUAUCAAUAAGCGGAGUCAUGCACAUAACCAAUUCGCAGAUUAUAAUUAUUUUAACGAGGUAAAUUGCGCUAAUUAUGCGAAUAUUACGAAUAAUGCGUAUAUUACGAAUAAUGCGAAUAUUACGAAUAAUACGAAUAAUGCGAAUAAUACGAAUAAUACGAAUAAUGCGAAUAAUGCGAAUAUUACGAAUAAUGCGAAUAAUGCGAAUAAUGCGAAUAUUACGAAUAAUGCGAAUAAUACGAAUAAUGCAAAUAAUGCGAAUAAUGCGAAUAAUGCGAAUAAUGCGAAUAAUGCGAAUAAUGCUAAUUACGAGAAUAAUGCGAAUAAUGCUAAUUACGAGAAUAAUGCGAAUAAUGCUAAUUACGAGAAUAAUGCGAAUAAUGCUAAUUACGAGAAUAAUAUGAAUUAUGCUUAUAAUUGUAACUAUUUAAAUCCCGCAAAUUAUAUGAACUGCAAUAUAAAUGAGAUAAAGUACGUUAAUAAAAAUGAUCAAUUAAAUUAUAUCAAUGAUAAGAGUUAUGUUAACGAAACAAACAAUAUGCAGUUUGCUAACAACCGCAUGCAUUAUGUGAACUCUGAAAAUAACAUUUUGACCAGUGCAGCAGGUGUUCAGAGGAAUUUUGAUGACUCAACUUUCGUUCCUAUGGUUAGCAGUGGUGCCAAUGGAAUUAGCAUUGGUAAUGGGAACUGGAACGAUAUCAGUAGUGGUAAGGAAAAUUAUUUCAGCAAUGAUAACAAAAACUAUUUCAGCAAUGAUAACAAAAACUAUUUCAGCAAUGAUAACGAAAACCUUUUCAGCAAUGAUAACAAAAACUAUUUCAGCAAUGAUAACAAAAACUAUUUCAGCAAUGAUAACAAAAACUUUUUCAUUAACGAUAACGAAAACUUUUUCAGCAACGAUAACGAAAACCUUUUCAGCAAUGAUAACGAAACAUAUAUCAUCCAUGAUAACGAAACAUACAUCAGUAAUGAUAAUGAAACAAGUAUCAGCAAUGGGAGCGGAUACUUCAUCAGCAAUGACAAUAUCAUCAGCGAGCAAAAUGACAGAAUUAACGAUAUAAAGAAUAAUAAGUUGUACAUAAAUGAUAACCUCUUUUCAACGAAUGAUAUGAUUGACUCUAAAGGUGCUUUAUACAACAACUUCACAACAACUGAAAGCUCAAAUUACGAUAAUAUGGACGCCACUUGGACUUACAACUAUAUCUAUAACCAUUAUUGUAACUAUAAGUAUAAUUGUAAUUGGAACUAUAAUAAUAACUCUAAAAGCAACAAUAAUAGUACCUAUGACUGUAACUAUAACAGUAACAAUGGUAAUUGCACUUAUGAAUGCAACUAUAAUGGUAACAAUGAUAGUAAUACCUAUGAGUGCAACUUUGACAAUUACAAUAAUAAUAGAAUCUAUGACUGCAUAUAUGACAAUUACAAUAAUAAUGGUAUCUUUGACUGCAUAUAUGACAAUUACAAUAAUAAUAGUAUCUAUGACUGCAUCUAUAACUCUAACUACAUCUCUAACCAUAACCAUACUUAUGAAGCAGAUAAUUUUCCUAAAAAUGUAUUAAAUUAUAAAGAGCCAAAAAAGGAGCAAAUAAAUUCGACAAGCUGUUUAGCUGAAGGGGAAAAAAAAAAUAAUUCAGAAAAUAACAAUCAUAAAAAAGAAUAUACGAAAAAGGAUGAAUCGGAAAAUACAUACGAAAUACAAAAAGCAAUAUUAAUGGAAAAUGAUGAGAAAAUUAAAGAAAUGGUGGAUGAAAUUAUAUAUAAUGCAUCUUUAUUACCUGAAAAAGGGUUAACAGGUAGAUAUGCACUCGACUGUAAUCAUCCUAUUCAUAGCGUUUGGAAAGAUACUACUAGAGGGCACUGUUCCUGGAGAUGUAGAUGGUGGGAAAAUGGUAGAAGGUUAAGUAAAAAUUUUAAUGUGAAAAGGUUUGGUAAUGAAGGUGCAUUAAAAAUGGCUAUCACGAUGAAAAUGAAAAAAAGUACGCCAAAAGAGCAGGGGCAAUUAUUGAAACAUCAAAGGGAUUUUUUAAAAUUAUGCUAUGUUAAUAAAUGGAUAAAGAAAAAGAACGACCCGUCCGAUGUUAGCAAUAAAGGCACUGCUAGCAGUAAUAAUGAUAUUAAAAAUUGCGAUGAUGCUAAAAAUAUCGGUGAUGCUAAAAAUAUUGACAAUUUUAAUAAUGUUGAUAAUUUUAAAAAUAUCGAUAAUUUUAAUGAUGCCAUUAAUUUUAACAAUAUCGGUGAUUCUAAAAAUAUCGGUGAUGCUAAAAAUAUCGGUGACGCUAAAAAUAUCGGUGACGCUAAAAAUAUCGGUGACGCUAAAAAUAUCGGUGAUUCUAAAAAUAUCGGUGAUGCUAAAAAUAUCGGUGAUGCUAAAAAUAUCGGUGACGCUAAAAAUAUCGGUGACGCUAAAAAUAUCGGUGACGCUAAAAAUAUCGGUGAUGCUAAAAAUAUCGGUGAUGCUAAAAAUAUCGGUGAUGCUAAAAAUAUCGGUGACGCUAAAAAUAUCGGUGACGCUAAAAAUAUCGGUGAUGCUAAAAAUAUCGGUGAUGCUAAAAAUAUCGGUGAUAACACUAAUAGUGAUGACGUUAACAAUAUCACCAUUCAAUUAAAUGCAGAAGCAAAUAAUGAAGCCAACGUUGCGCAGAGAGCAACCUUCCUAUAA